CGGGCCGCCUGCACUGCGCGCGCGCCCGCGCUCCGACCCCGCGUGGGGCCCGGCUCCGGCGCGCGCGGCGCGGAGGCGGCAGGCGGGAGGGGCCGGACGAGGUCGGGAAGCGGCGCGGAGGGAGGCCCGGCGGCCGGCUACCGGAGACAGGCGCCGGGCGGAGAAGCGCGCCCCUUGGCCUUCUCUCUGCGCCCCGCGUUCCCCCUCGGCCGCCCGGAGAGGACCGGAGGAGGCAGGUGGCUUUCUAGAAGAUGACCAUAGAGGACCUUCCAGAUUUUCCAUUAGAAGGAAAUUCUUUGAUUGGAAGAUACCCAUUUUUAUUUCAAAGCUCUGAUACGCCAGUUAUCUUUUCCAUUUCUGCAGCACCAAUGCCUUCAGACUGUGAGUUUUCUUUCUUUGAUCCUAAUGAUACAUCAUGCCAGGAAAUUCUCUUUGAUCCCAAAACUUCUGUAUCAGAAUUAUUUGCCAUUUUAAGACAGUGGGUUCCUCAGGUCCAGCAAAACAUUGACGUUAUUGGAAAUGAGAUUCUUAAGAGAGGUUGCAAUGUGAAUGACAGAGAUGGAUUGACAGAUAUGACUCUUUUACAUUAUACUUGCAAAUCUGGAGCUCAUGGUAUUGGUGAUGUUGAUACAGCUGUAAAAUUUGCAACUCAACUUAUCGACCUGGGAGCAGAUGUUAGUUUGCGGAGUCGCUGGACAAAUAUGAAUGCUUUGCAUUAUGCUGCUUAUUUUGAUGUCCCUGAACUUAUAAGAGUGAUUUUGAAGACAUCUAAACCAAAAGAUGUGGAUGCCACUUGCAGUGACUUUAAUUUUGGAACAGCUCUGCAUAUUGCCGCGUAUAACUUGUGUGCAGGUACUGUGAAAUGCUUAUUGGAGCAUGGAGCAAAUCCUGCAUUUAGGAAUGACAAAGGACAGAUCCCUGCUGACGUUGUCCCAGACCCAGUGGAAAUGCCCUUAGAAAUGGCCGAUGCCGCGGCAACUGCUAAAGAAGUCAAGCAGAUGCUGCUGGAUGCGGUGCCUCUGUCAUGUGAUCUCUCAAAGCCCUUGCUUCCAAAUUAUGAUCGUGCUACUAGCAAGGCGAUGCUGACGUCACUUGGCCUGAAGUUGGGGGAUCGUGUUGUUAUUGCAGGACAGAAGGUUGGAACAUUAAGAUUUUGUGGAACAACUGAAUUUGCAAGUGGUCAGUGGGCUGGCAUUGAGUUGGAUGAACCAGAAGGAAAAAACAAUGGAAGUGUUGGGAAGGUCCAGUACUUUAAAUGUACCCCCAAAUAUGGUAUUUUUGCACCUCUUUCAAAGAUAAGUAAAGCAAAAGAUCGAAGGAAGAAUAUAGCACACACUCCUUCUACAAAAGCUGUACCCCUCAUCAGGUCCCAGAAAGUUGAUGUAGCUCAUGUAACGUCAAAAGUGAAUACUGGAUUAAUGACAUCAAAAAAAGAUAGUGCUUCAGAAUCAACACUUUCAUUGCCUCCUGGUGAAGAAUUGAAAACUGGAGCAGAGAAAGAUGUUACCCUGCUUGGAUCCGUCAGCAGCUCCUCCUCUAUAUCUUCUUUGGAGCACAGGCAGAGCCACUCCAAGAAGCUGAGUGCACGUGGCAAUAACAAGAAGACAGUGAGCAAAAGCCCUUCUGUCUCAUCGAGAGCCAGUGCUGGUUUGAAUUCCUCAGCAACAUCUGUAGCAAAUAAUGCAGGCUGUGAAGGAGAACUCCGCCUUGGGGAUAGGGUGUUGGUGGUAGGCCAGAGAAUUGGUACCAUUAAGUUCUUUGGGACAACAAACUUUGCUCCAGGUUAUUGGUACGGGAUAGAGCUUGAUAAACCCCAUGGCAAGAAUGAUGGUUCAGUUGGAGGUGUGCAGUAUUUUAGUUGUUCCCCAAGAUACGGAAUAUUUGCUCCCCCAUCCAGGGUGCAAAGAGUAACAGAUUCCCUGGAUACUCUUUCAGAAAUUUCUUCAAAUAAACAGAAUCAUUCUUAUCCUGGUUUUAGGAGAAGUUUCAGUACAACUUCUGCUUCUUCCCAAAAAGAGAUUAACAGAAGAAAUGCUUUUGCCAAGUCGAAGCCUGCGCUGCGCCGCAGCUGGAGCGGCAGCACCACGGCCGGCGGCCUGGAGGGGCGCGUGAGGCUGCGCGAGGGCUCCCAGGUGCUCCUCACCAGCUCCAGCGAGGUGGGCACCGUGAGGUACGUGGGCCCCGCUGACUUUGCCUCAGGGAUCUGGCUCGGCCUGGAGCUUCGAAGCGCCAAGGGAAGGAAUGAUGGGUCCGUGGGAGAGAAACGCUACUUCACCUGCAAGCCAAACCAUGGGGUCCUAGUGAGGCCCAGCAGAGUGACCUACCGGGGAAUAAACGGGUCAAAGCUUGUGGACGAGAAUUGUUGAGUUAAAAUUCUACAAUAUUGAAUGAGCUCAUAUAUAUAGAUACACACACACACACGCACACACACACAUACACACACACAUAUAUAAUAUAAAAUAGAGUCCGUGGCAAAUGGUUUACUUUAUUUAGCCAUUAUUUAAAAUUUGAAAAUAUAGCUAUCUUCAUAAAAACCAUUAUAACAGUUCAGAGAGACUCCUUUAAGAAACUAGAAAUAUGACUAUGAUAAUCAUGGGUCUCUUAAAACAAUUUCAAAAUAAGCCCUCCCCCCCGCCUUUUUUUAAAAAAAAAAAAAAGAAAGAAAGCUUUAGACCCAAGAGAAUUCUGAGACUUGGGGAAAAAAAUGUGCCAUUAGGUGACCGACUGAUGUUGCUUACUCUGUCUCAUUUUUGCACAGAAUAGUGGAUUUUGCAUAUGCCAUAAUUGUGAAGGUUUUCACUAGCUUUGGUUAACAUAAGACGUUCACAUGACCUUUUUCUGUCAAGUAUUUUUGGAGUUUUUAUUUCUUUCUGUACUGAUAAGGACAAUAAGAGAAUACUAGCUGUGUGACUAGUAUAUUUUUCGUGUCUUUGGGUCAAGUUACAUGCCCUUCCAGGAAUGCCCAGCCUGAGGGUGCAUGGGCCUUAGGGGCUCUGGAGCCCAGCCUCUCGACCGCUGCCAGGGUCACAAGCUAGCUGGUUACCAGAGCUCUGACCAGAACAUGGGUCUCCUGACCUGUGGUGUGGGCUCUUUCUGCUGUGUAAAGUGUGUCAUCUCAGAUCUUUCUUCUGUGUGGAUGACUGCCUCAUCUGGAGGAACUACAGAAACCCAUGAUUAGCCUUCUGAAUUCAAGUCACAAUUAGAAUUUUUUGCACAUGCUUAUUGGACAUAUCUAUAAAACACACACGUAUGAAGCACUUUUAAAAUGAAACAUGAUGCACUUUCCUUUUUGUGGAGAAUUUGCCAUCAUUCCUCUGGGGAUAUGAAAAACAUUAAAAAAAUUAUAUUUAGGAUAAGAGAACAAAUUAAGAUGGGUUAAGAAGAAUGUAGUAACUAUUCAUUUAAAUGUUUAUGGUUUCUCAGUUUUUUUGCUUUAUUAUUCAUAAAACUGGUGUUGCUUUGCUGUCGUUGCAGUUUUUAUAUUUUCAAGUGUUGCAGAAUUCAGCCUGUUAUAAAGCUGCAGAACUGUAUCAUGUUUUUAUUUUCCUUUUGAGCACAUGUUAACAAACUAAACUUCAUAAUAGAGUGAUGUAGUAAUGCAGAACAUUUGUGUCGUGGGUGUGUAUUGAAGUUUGUCCUAUAUGGAUAAAGAUAUAUCUUUUAUUGUAGAUAUUUAGACUCUAAACUACCACAGAAUAUCGGAACAGUUUGCUUUAUAAGAUUAAAAGCAUCCUUCAAAAUGGAGCUUGCUUUUGUGCUUUAGAAAUAAUACGUUGAACUAUUUUGCAAUAUACUAUUUAAAAUCUAAAUUCUGUUGCUUUGCUGCCUUUUUAAAAAAGUGUGAAAUUUCAAAUAUUGCUAGAGCUAUUUUCCUGAAAUACAUUUGCAAAAUAAGGCUGCUUUAUAAUCAAGGAAUAUUUUUGAUUGAAGAAAGUGACUGUACUGUGAUUCGAAAGUAAAGUUAUUUUAUUAUAUAGUUUAUUUCUUUUAAAAACUCUAUUUAUACUGUACCGUGAAAUCCAUGACUACACUGAACUUGGAUGUCCAUAAUUCUUCCUGUUAAAUAUAAAAUCCUAUCGGUUAGUAACAGUAAUGGCCAACAAUGAAUUUAUUUUGAGGUCAGAGAACCACUUGUUCUCAUAUUUAGAUUAGGAUUAUUAAAUCCAUGUACUGUGUAUGUUUACAUAUGCUGUUCAUAAAAAUGAGUUUUCAUUUGUGUUUUGCUUAUGUCAUUCAAAGUUCACUUCCUGAGCAUUAAUAAAAAGGGAAGCUGUUUUGGUUUGGA